CUUCCAGGGUAGGGAGCCCCACCCCUGGUCCUUCCACUUCCUCCUGUCGUGGCCUCAGCCCGGCUCGUUCCUGCUGCUUUGUCCCUGAAGCUGGCAGGCCCGGGUGGGCCCUUGCCACCCACCCCCACCCCAGGGAACCGAUGCAACUCCAGUGACUCCAGAGGGAGCAGUGUUUGACAGGAGGAUUUGGGCUGGUGCCCCUGCGCCACCCACAGUCUCCUUGAAGUUCCGGGAGAGUCCUUGGAGGGCAAGGUUGGGCAGGGGUGACAAUGCCCCCGCUUCUGCAGGUGUGCAGCCCUCUGCCCCCCUCGCCUGUCCUCCGGGCUCGGGCUGAAUAGGGUGCUUGUGCCCCAGCAGUCAUUCGCCAUGGGACUGCGUGUGCAUGUGUGCGCCAGGAUCACGUUGUGGUGCCAGAGACAGGCGGAGACUGGGCUCCCUCCAGGUCCCAUUCCGUGUGUCCAUCCCUGAGUUUGAGUUUGGUGGGGGGGCGACGGACGGUGUGGUCCAGUUGCUCAGGCCUCGCCAGGGUGUGGGGUGGUGGACCACGCCCAUGGUCAGGUCAAGAGAGGGGUGGCUUCUUGUCAGUACUGCUGCUGGAGUGGAGCCAAGGAGAGCUCAGAGCUUCGGGACAGGUGGCUGGCAGUGCCCGGCGCUGGCUGUGUGCCCAGCCUCCGCCCUAGGCGCGGGACCAGCUGUGGGACAGGAACUGCCUGCACUUGGGCCGGAGAGUUAAUAUUUGUGCCGGCGCCCCGGGGACGGACAGGCUCCAGAGACGCGCCGGCAGCUGGCCUCCAACUGGUGCCCCCAUGGGCAGCCCCUCCUUUUUCUCGCGGCGGCUGCCGCCGCUGUGGCUACUGCUGCUGUCGCCGUGGCCAGUCUGGACCCAGGCGCUCCCAGCAGCCACCCCCUCCGGACCCCCGGGCGCCCCGGACUGCCCGGAGGCGUGCGUGUGCGCGCCGGGCGGCCAGGCCAACUGCUCCGGGCGCGCGCUGCCCGCCGUGCCGGGGGGCCUGAGAAAGAGCGUGCGUAUUCUGCUGCUGGACCACAACCGCGUGCGGGCGCUGCCUCCCGGCGCCUUCGUGGGCGCUGGCGCGCUGCUACGUCUGGACCUGCACGAGAACGGCCUGCGCUGGGUGCACGCGUGGGCCUUCUGGGGCCUGGGCGCGCUGCAGCAGCUCGACCUCAGCGCCAACCAGCUGGAGGUGCUGGUGCCCGGCACCUUCGUGCCACUGCGGGCGCUGCGCGACCUCUCGCUGGCGGGUAACCGGCUGGCGCGCCUGGAGCCCGCCGCGCUGGGCGCGCUCCCGCUGCUGCGCGCGCUCAACCUGCGGGACAACGAGCUGCCGGCGCUCGCGCGGGGCCUCCUGGCCGGCCUGCCCGCCCUCGACACGCUGCGCCUGCGCGGCAACCCCUGGGCCUGCGGCUGCGCGCUGCGCCCGCUCUGCGCCUGGCUGCGCCGGCACCCGAGCAGCGCGCCAGAGGCCGAGACGCUGCUCUGCGUGUCACCCGGGCGCCUGACGUUCAGCCCCUUGGCCGCUCUCCCCGACGCCGCCUUCAGCCGCUGCGCACAGCCGCUUGCCCUGCGCGACCUGGCCGUGGUCUACGCGCUCGGGCCGGCCUCCUUCCUCGCCAGCCUGGCCACCUGCCUGGGGCUGGGCUCGCUGCUCACCGCCUGCCGCGCGCGCCGCCACCGCGCCGCCGCCGCCGCCCGCCACCCGCUGAAGAGACUGCCGGAGCCCGGUUCCGGCACCGCCUCGCCCGCGGACCCCGGGAGCCCCGCGGCCGGCACCGCCCAAGCGUGAGCGGGCUGCGGCUGCCCUCGGCUCUUGCCCGGUCCCCUCUUUCACACUCCCUGCAGGCAACAAGCGACACUGAGCGAAA